CCAGAUACCGCUGCACUCGAUCCUGUCGCACUUCGCAGUCACUUACAGUAUAUUGUGUAGUACGAGUACCAUCGUCGCCUCCAUCGCCUUACCAGUUCAUUAAUAAAAGUUACUCGCUUCAAUUUGUGUCCCAUAUCGAGAGCGUCUGGACGUGUCGCGAACCCAACCGACUAUUAACCCGUCGUCGUCGUUCCAGUGUUCGCGAGUUUUACUCGUACAUUCGAAUUUAUCGCGAUUCGCGAUCGUAUAGUACAUGGUGCAUGUGCAUGUGUGUGGUUAAUGGUUAUCUAGUGAACUAUAGUGAACAGUUCGGUGGCCGGAUAGAAAUUUGCGCGCGAAAAUAAAACCAGCAUCAAAUCAAGGCUCACCAUGACGGUAGCCAAACCGGUAGCGGAGUUUUUCAAAGGCCAAAAAGUGUUCAUAACUGGCGCUUCCGGUCUUAUGGGCAAAGUGCUCAUAUGGAAAUUACUGCACAGUUGCCCGGAUAUCGACACGAUCUAUGUGUUAUUGCGGCCAAAACAUGGUAAACCAGUUGAAACACGAUUGGAAGAAAUGAUGAAAACACGGAUUUUCAAUAAAUUUUGGAACGAAAAUCCGAAACUUUUGAAGAAAGUGGUCGCCGUAACCGGCGAUGUGGGAAAUACCGAUUUGGGCCUAUCGCCCGAAUCCAAGAAAAAACUCAUCGACGAAGUUACCAUCAUAUUUCACGUCGCCGCGACGCUGAAAUUGGACGCCAAUUUGAAAGAUGCGGUCAACAUGAACACCGAAGGAACAUUGAGAUUGCUGCAUUUGGCUGUCGAAAUGAAAAAUCUCGUUGCAUUUGUCCACACAUCAACGGCUUACUGCCAUUGUGAUGUUCCUAUCAUGGAAGAACGUGUAUACGCUCCUCCGGAAGAUCCUUACAACGUUAUGAAUCUAGUUCAUUGGAUGGAUCGGGACUUACUGCACGAUAUUACCGACAAAGUGAUUAGUCCACAUCCAAACACCUACACAUAUUCGAAAAGAUUGGCUGAAAAAUUAGUAGCCGAUUUCUACCCCAAGUUACCAGUAGCAAUAGCGAGACCUUCUAUUGUGAUCCCCAGCUGGCAAGAACCACUUCCAGGCUGGGUUGACAAUCUGAACGGUCCAGUUGGCAUAAUGAUAGGCGCCGGAAAAGGCGUCAUAAGAACCAUGUUAUGUAAUGCCGAGUACAACGCAGAAGUAAUCCCAGUUGACAUCGCCAUCAACGGACUUCUAGCCAUCGCCUGGAAAACAGGCACAGUUAGACCAGCAGAAAAGCCAAAAGAGAUUCCUGUCUAUAAUCUAACGCAAAGCGACAUGAACCCGAUGACUUGGGGAGAAGUAGUAGAAAGAGGUAAACAACUAGCUCACCAGUACCCGUUCGAGAUGACUUUAUGGUAUCCAGGAGGCAACAUAAGGAAUAGCGUUUUGAUGCAUAACAUUAUAGUCAUAUUGUUCCACUGGAUUCCAGCCUAUUUCAUCGAUUUCAUCAUGUUAAUCAUAGGUCAAAAACGAUUCAUGGUAAGAGUGCAACAAAAAAUACACGACGGUUUAAGAGUACUGCAGUAUUUUACCAUGCAUCAGUGGAAGUUCCGAAAUACCAAGCUACUCGAAUUACGAGAGACGAUGAGUGACUCGGAUAAACGCGAGUUUUCACUGGCCCUGGAGGCCGUCGAACCAGAAUCUUACAUGAUUGACUGUAUCUUGGGAGCCAGGCAUUACUGCCUCAAAGAAGACCCCAACAGUAUACCAAAGUGUAGAAGAAAUAUUAAAAUUUUAUACGUCGUUGACCGCGUAGCCACCAUUAUGUUUUAUUUAUUCUUAGCUUGGUUAUGCAUUCGAUCUACUGAAUUAGUAUUGAGAUUUUUCGAUAUUCAAAAACCAUCGUCGUACGCGUUCCGAACAACAAGCUGAAACUACCAUUCCUUUUUUUCGUAAUUUACCGCGUAUAAAUAUUUUUCUAACCAUUUUUUUCUCGAUUUUUUUUCUUUCUCUUUAUUUUCUGUAUUUUCCCCCUUUUCUUUCUUUUUUUUUCUUUUUUAAAAAUUACCUUCAAUUAUGUGUAAUUCAUUUCUAUUAAUAAAAACGUAUUUUACACUU